AUGGUUGGGCUUGAGUAAUCCGUAAUUUCUAUAAAUUUGCAGAAUAAAACGUCAUUGCCACUGAUGAGGUGAUCGAAAAAAAAACUUCAAACAUUACAGUGAACUGUGAUCAAUAUACACUUAUUUAAACUUUCGUGCCUUAUCUCGACACUUUUUUGUUAUUUUGGAGAAUUUCUGAAAAAUGGCUACACUGCCUGCCUUUAAUCCGAAAAUUCCAUAUUUGGGCUUAAUUCCUAGCGGCCUACAUCAUGGUUUGAUGAUCAGAAUCAAUGGUGAAAUGCUUCGCCAUGACAGAUUCAAUAUUGAUAUCAAAACUGGUCCGAUUAUAUCGCCAUCGGAUGAUAUAAACCUUCAUUUAAGCGUUCGUCCAAAUGAAAAUGCGAUUGUGCGAAACCAUUUUGUACAAGCAUGGGGUCCUGAAGAGAGAAUGGGGGGCUGUCCCAUUCAAUAUGGGGAACGAUUCGAAAUUUUAAUUCUUGCUGAAGCAGAACAUUUUAAGAUAGCAGUGAAUGGCCGACAUUUUGCCAUUUUCAAUCACCGUAUUCCAUUGUCAAGUGCUCGAUUCAUUUUUAUUAGUGGUCAAGUGUCCAUUCAGUCCAUAAAGCUUGAAGGCGAUCCAAAUUCAGUAUACAAUUCGGUGACACCUACUGCUCCAAUACUUUCUACAAUUACAUCGUCAACAUCGGCUGUACAACCUCCACCAUACCAACAACCGUAUCAGCCACCACCCUUUCAAAAUUUCCAGCCACCAUCCUAUCAAAGUUAUCAGCCACAUUCGCCAUACCAACCAAAUCCACAUGCAUCCUUUUCGACAACGGUGAAUGCAGUUCCAAGCAAUCAGCAAACGUAUCCGAGCGGUCAAUAUUACGGUCAAUACCAAACGCCGCACACUAUAAUUCAAUAUCAUCCGACCGAAGCAUAUAGAUCAGGUCAACCGACACAAUAUUAUGCGCCACACCAGACUUAUCAAACAUAUACCCCGACAAAAAGUAGUACUGGAUCAAAUGCUUUGAAGGUUGCCGCAGGUAUUGGGGGAAUUGGAUUAGGAGCAUAUGCCAUUUCGAAAAUUUUCGAUAGUGACGGUUCAAAUUCGGAUUAAUUAAUAUUGAGUUUAUGAACAAUUAAAUAAAUAAAAUUACUAUAAAAUAUUUCAUACAACUACUGAACAAAUCGGAAUAAAUAAAUAAUGAAGA